AUGAGACGGGUCCUUGGCUAUCUGCAAGAGCUGUCUUUUAUGGAUAGUUUAAUCCAGGAGUACUACGCUAUCAGCGAGGCGGCGGUCAUUCCUAAACCUCUGGUGCUCAAUUCGUUGGCACAGGUAAAGGCCGAUCACAGCCUACGCAAAGGGUUUUCAGAGACAGAGAUUACGUGGAUACUUGAGAACACCAUCCAACAGUUUGAUAUACAACCGACAAUAGAAGGACGCGACUUUCACGAGCUUUUCACGGGACCAAAUCUGCGCCUAGAAACGGUCGCCUUGAUUUACUCUCUAGCUGGGAUAGCGAACAUGUUCUGUCUGACCCAGGAUAAAUCGUCGCCCAGGAACUUACUGGAGUACCGAUCGCUUUUUGCCAAAAGAAUGCUAUUGGCCAGUGAUACUAUACUUCAAAUAUGCAAAAUCCUCACCCCGGUCAAUGACCUGACGAUUUGGGUGUUAUACGAGAAUGUCAUCUUAUCCACAGUUGUCUAUGGGGACUACAGUUCAACAAAAUGGCACAGACUGGGAGAGCUAUCCACCCACAUGUUUGAGCUUGGACUUCACCGAGAUUCUCACCAAUCUUCCGACCUCCCUCCAUUCUUGGUGGAAUCCCGACGAAGACUGUUUGCAGCUGCGUAUCAGCUAGACAAAAGCAUUGCUACAUUCCUUGGCCGACCACCCCGGAUCACACAGAGACAUUCGGAUUGCAGGCUUCCUUUGGACAUCGGGGAUGAAGCACUAUCAAGCAACGCGCAAAUAGCGCUAGCUUCGCAGUCCCUGGAUAGCAACGGAUGGAACUUGCAUGGGCGUUUCCAGCGAUCGGCCUGGAUUCGCCUGCGGUUUCUGAUCAGCACGUUCCGUGAGGAGAUCUUGGAACUGUCCCUCCAGAGUUCCAAGGAAGAGACUGCGGAUCAACUGAGGUGA